UUUACAUAUAAAAUUCCAACACAGAGAUCAAGUCUUCUUUAGCCUUUUUCCCCUCCCUCUUCCAAAACUCAGCUCAGGUGAUUUUGACAAGGAACAUAACAGUUUGGGUUUUUUUUGUUGCUUUUGGGCAAUAAUGUAAGAGGGGCGGAGUUUGAUCUGAGGUUGAAUUUUCUGGUUUUGAUUUAGGGUUUUAAGUUGUUACUAUCAUAUUUGGCUUGUGAAAUUUAUGGUCAUGGAUCCUUCGUUGAAGGGGCUUUACAGUUCUGUCGAUAGAUUCAGACUAGAUGAAGAUACUUUUUUAGCAUUAGCCAAUCCGAAUUGUAGUACCGGGUUUAGGAAUGAAAAUCAUGUUGAUAUUCCUCCUAUGCAACCUGCUUUGAUUCCCAGAAAUUUACCGCCUUCCUCGAGUGUAAACGAAGAGGUAUAUCAGCACGAGGAUUAUGACUUUAGCGACGUAGUUCUUAAGUACAUAAGUGAGAUGUUAAUGGAAGAAGAUAUGGAAGAUAAGACCUGCAUGUUUAAAGAGUCAUCGGCAGCCCUUCAAGAUGCCGAGAGAUCGUUUUACGAGGUUCUCGGAGAACGGUAUCCACUUUUUCCGGAAUUCGAAUCGAAGGAUCAAAACCAAGAAAGCUUUGAUGAACAUCAUGGUCAAAGUUGUUGGAGAUGUACUGACGGUGGCAGUAACUUUGUCGAUCUUCCGUGCAACCAUGAUUUGGGUGUGCAAAUGCCUAUGAACUUCAGUUCUCAAGCUAAUUCAUCCCCUAGUUCAGGGAAUAGUGCCGGUAGUCUCAUAGAUGGCUUUGUGGAUUCUCCGGUGAGUACACUGAGGCUUCCUGAAACGUUUGACGAUAGUGACACCGUUGUGCAAUUUAGAAAAGGGCGUGAGGAAGCAAGUAGGUUCCUUCCAAAUCGUGGGAGCUUGUUAGUUGAUGUAGAAAAUGAAAGACUGUUUCUCAAAGAGCUAAAGGAAGAGGCUAAAAAUGUGCUAGAGAAGAUGGAGAAUGAGUUCUUGCCGGACGGAUCGAGAGGAAAGAAGAAACCUCACCCCGGAGAUGUGAAUUUAGACAGCGGCAGGAGUAACAAGCAGUCAUCAAUUUAUACCGAAUCCACUGUAAGCGCGGAAAUGUUUGAUACGGUGUUACUAAAUUGUCAAGGCAUAACCGACCUUCAAAAAGUUUUGCAAAAUGAAACAAACAAGAACUUGCAGCAGAAUGGACAGUUGAAAGGAUCCACUGGUGGAAAGGCUCAUGGGAACAAAGGUAAACGGAAUGUGGUCGAUUUGAGAACUCUGCUAACUCUUUGUGCACAAGCUGUUGCAACCGAUGAUAGGAGGAGUGCGAAUGAGCUGCUGAAGCAAAUCAGGCAGCAUUCUGAUCCUACGGGUGACGGGAUGCAGCGGUUGGCCCACUAUUUUGUCAAUGGCCUAGAGGCACGCUUAGCUGGCUCAGGGACCCAGAGUUACAAUCCUGUCGUCACGAGGCCGACAUCAGCUGCUAACUUUUUGAAAGCUUACCAUUUGUUUCUUGCUGCAUGCCCUUUUAAGAAGCUCUCGGAUUUCUUCUCAAACACUACAAUAAUGAAUCUUGCAGAAAAUGCAGCUAGGCUACAUAUUAUCGACUUCGGUGUUCUUUAUGGCUUCCAAUGGCCUUGCCUCAUACAGCGUCUCUCAACUAGAGCCGGGGGGCCGAUUAAGCUAAAGAUUACAGGGAUCGAUCUUCCACAACCAGGAUUCCGGCCAGCAGAAAGGGUUCAGGAGACGGGGCGCCGUCUUGCGAACUAUGCAAAGACUUUCAAAGUUCCAUUCGAGUUCCAUGCAAUCGCACAGAAAUGGGAUACCAUUACAAUCGAGGACUUCAAGAUUGAAAGCGGUGAGGUGCUUGUUGUAAACUGCAUGUUCAGGCUCCGGAAUCUACUUGAUGAGACCGUGGUUGUGGACAGUCCGAGGAAUAAAGUUCUGAACUUGGUCAGGAAGUUGUAUCCCGAUGUUUUCAUACUGGGGGUUGUGAAUGGUUCUUACAGUGCCCCAUUCUUUACUACCAGAUUCAGGGAGGCUCUCUUCCAUUAUUCUACUUUAUUCGAUAUGCUUGAGACUAAUGUGCCCCGUGAAAUUCCUGAACGGAGGCUGAUUGAGAGCGAGAUAUUUGGGUGGGAGGCAAUGAAUGUCAUCGCAUGUGAGGGUGCUGAAAGAAUUGAGAGGCCCGAGACAUACAAGCAGUGGCAGGUUCGGAAUACAAGGGCUGGCUUCAGACAGUUGCCACUGAAUAAGACGAUCAUGAAGACGGCGAAGGAGAGAGUCAAAACAUGCUACCACAAGGACUUUGUGAUCAACGAGGAUAACGGUUGGUUGCUUCAGGGGUGGAAAGGACGGAUCGUUUAUGCACACUCAUCUUGGGUGCCUGCCUCAUAAGUGCAUACUCUUUGCGACUCUUGGAAGGCAAAGUCUUCCAAAAUCGACUGCGGUGACGGAUUUCCACAUAUACGAGGAUACGGUGCCGAACUUCCUACGCUUUCAGAUAAAAUCUCUCCCCUUCGCUCCGUCUCUUUACACAGACACACACAAGAUAAACACGAAUACCAUAACUUCUUGAUAUUGAUGAUUAUUUAUCAUAUUUUCCAAACUAGUUACUACUUAGGUAAAAUCUUUGGUCGGUUCUUAUUCACAUGCUGUUGAAGGCUGAAAUGCAACAUGUACCAUUUUGCGUCGGCAUCGAUGUUCAUAAUGCAUAAAAUGUAUCAGUAAAUAACAACAAUGGUAAUGCCUUUUACACCUGUAAAUUCGUAACGGAACAGCGAUAUGUUUUCGUUAAAACGCAGCCGUUUAGGGGAAUGUAAAUGAACUCAAGGAUGUUAGGUGUCUUUCAUGCAUUAAAGAUGCUUAUUGUCUAUGUUUUAACCAACAAGCAUUCUGUCUGGGGAUGCAAGUCUUAUCUGCCGAUAUUGCUUUCAAAGUGGUGGGGUAGAUCGUAUUGUUAAAUUAGACUGUUGGAUACAUGUAGGUCUUCGAUAUGGAUAUAUUUCAAACAUCUUUGUAGGGUUAUAUUCUCAUUCUUGCAUUCGACUAUGCGAGAAAAAUGAAGAGUCGG